GGUGUCUGGCAGAUAAAGUAAUGACAUUUCUAGAUACCCUCGUGCUGCUCCUUUCCACCUGGGGGCAGAAUGGGAGAUGCUAUCGCUCGGAUGGAGGAAGAGCUCUAAUGUUGAGUGAUGGGAAAUGUAGCUCUAAUGGAGAGUAAUGAUAGGUCAGAAAGCAUAUAUCUGCCCUAUAAAGGUGCGUGAGCAUCGGACGCUCGCAAUCCUUGCUGCAAACAUGAGCACCAUACAGAGCAUCGCUGAGAACUAUCAGUCAUUCAAUCCCAGAGCCUACCUGCAGAAUAACUACGUGCCGCCGCGGGCAGACUUCUCCAACAAGGACAGCGUGGUGCCCUGGAAGCUGCAGUGCCUCGCUGAUGCCUGCGCCAAAGGCGAGAUUGGUGGACAGACCCUGGUAGACAUCGGCUCCGGUCCCACCGUGUACCAGCUGCUCAGCGCCUUUGAGCUGUUCAAGGAGGUGGUUCUGACCGACUAUCUGGAAGUGAAUCGAAAGGAGCUGAAGAAAUGGCUGCAAGACGAGCCAGGGUCCUUCGACUGGAGUGCUUACGUCAAUCACGUCUGCAGCAUUGAGGGAAAGGGAGAGUCCUGGCAGGAGAAGCAGACACGUUUGAGAGAGCGGGUUACCCGAGUCGUACCGGUGGACAUCCAUCAGGCUCGGCCUCUGGGUGACGCGUUUGCCCCGGGUUCGGUGGACGGUCUGGUCUCCUCCUUCUGUCUGGAGGCCUGCAGCCCAAACUAUGAGGCAUUUGAGAAGGCUCUUCAGAAUGUCACCGGGCUCCUUAAACCUGGGGGUCACUUACUGAUGAUCGGGGCGCUAGAAGAGUCCUAUUACCUGGCAGGGGAGGCUCGCCUCACCGUGGUGUGCCUCACGGAAGAGAUGGUCAGAAAAGCACUGCGUCACGUUGGCUACAAAAUCAGGGAUUUCCGCACGUACUCAAUGCCUCCGAGCAUGAGAAUUGGGGUGGAUGACGUCAAAGGGAUUUUCUUCACCUGGGCCCAAAAGCAGGGCCACAAUUAAUGUUUCUUACGCUGCUGUCAGCCACUAUUCCCUAUGCGUCAGGUCCAACUGAUAAUGCACUUAUCCUUGAAUCAUAAUAAUAAAAUAUGUUCUAUUACAAGUGUUCUUAGUACCUUCAACUAUCUGCUGGUGACUCUGCAUGCCCUACUUAAUUUCCAAGAGCCCCUUCUGUGUUUCAAAAAGGGAAAGAGCCAUAGAGCCUUCAACAUGAACAAGCAAUGUUGGAUAUUCCCAUUGAAUUCCUUUUUCAGCAAGCUCCUCACAUUGGAAGAUACCAAGUUAAGUAAAUUUCCUUU